UGAAUGAAAGGAAGGAAGAAAGAUUUUUAUUGCUGUACAGGUGCAGGUUUCCCUCCUUCCAUUGCUUCUCUCACUCUUGUGCAUGUUGUAUAAUUUUAUGAUGAAAUGGGUCAGCCUUCCUUGCUCUCACUUACUUGUAACCUAAAAAGCCAAACACAGCUGACUUGUAAGCAGUAUAAAAAUACUCUGUCCUCAUGAACCAACACACGAUGAACCAUGUCGCUGAUUCUCACUAGGGUCUUACUUAUUACAGUUCACUUAAUUUUGCCCAUAUGGGGAAAUGUUUUGCAACUUCAGAAGAGUGACUGGGUAGGCAGUCCAUCUGCAAGCAUGACAGAGGGUGAUGUGGAAUGUUUUUCUGAGUACAUGGAACUUUGGAUCCAUAGAAUGAGAAUUGAGGGAUUGAGGCUUUGGCUUUCUGGAAUAUUAAGGAUUCAAGUGGGUCUGGUGUCCAUGGAAUAUCUAAACCAUCAGCUGUCUUCAUGUGGUUUUGCCCUACACCGAGAUCUAGACAAGAACUAUAUCUUCAGAGUCAUGUACAGUGGAUGUUUUGUCCAGUUAGAGCAUGGCAGUUAUGUGAUUGUGCUGAACCUGCUGAAGAGAGUAAGUCGUUUUGGAGGCAGGACACAAAAGUUUAUGAUGAAGUGUCCAGCAGUGUUAGAGCCUCCUAACAGAGAGUACAUCCAGUGUGAUUCAGACUUCAUUCAGGUUACCAGAGAGAUCCCUGUGGAUAACUGGACUAAUGAGCUUGACUGGUCUCUGGCCUUGAGAGGGAGUCUGGUGGUGGCUUUGGAGGAUUCCAGUCUUAUUCAAGUAAAUGUUGAAAUGCACAAACCAAACAUAACAGUUCAAGGGAGGAGGGGCACCAUCUUAAGUCCUGUGCAGGUUUUCAAAUCUGAAGGACAUUUCUUACCUCUCAAACUGGUCAGUGGCCAUUAUGCCUACAGCAUGGAGGCGACCUGCCCAAAUGUGAACCAGUUGCCAUCUGAGGACACGGUGCUGCAUGUCUAUAAACGACGCAUGGGCUUGACCAAGAGAGGUGGAUAUCAAAAUGAGACCCUGUCAGUUAGCAAUGUGAUUGUGGAACAGACUGACACAUUCACCUGGUCAGAGACGAGUGACUUUGUGCAGCUUGUCAUUCCCACAUCCCACAUUCAACAGAAAAAGGAGUGCAGUGUUCAGGAAGGUGAGACACUUCAGCAAAAUUUCUACAAGAUAGACGCGGUUCUCACCUUUAAAGAGACAAAUCACAAAAUGCACUGGACCAUGGAAAACACUUCACCAUGUUCAGAGGUGUUAAAAUCACAUUUGAUGCAUGAUGAACCAAAGGAAGCCAAUUUCACAACACAUUCUCCUGAGGGGAUUACAGCUGAGCCAGAAGCUCCUGUUGAUUCCAACAAAGAGUUUACUCCUUCCGUGCCGCUAAAGACUACGUCUACAGCAUCACAGACGGCAACCAGCAUCACAUCGGUACCAACCCAAUGGAUCCAAACAACUGAGGGUCUUAGAACAUCAUCUCGCCUUUCACCAUAAAUGGAGAUGAUGGGGAAAAAAGUGACUGCAGCUAUACUUUACGUCCUAAAGAACAACAGAGAUCUCUCUAGAAGUUCAUCUGUGCAUCAUUAACUGUGAGGGGCCGUAAUGCACAACGGAUGGAAAUGUAGGUACCAACUCCACGUGUCAGUGAUUUUCCAUACUACACUAUUACAAUUGGUAGUCUAUUAAUCACAGCAGAUGUAAUCACAAUUUGAAAUACAGCUACACAUUUAAGCACCAUUUUCACUCAGACUGGGAUUUACAACACAACAGUCAAGUGGACCCAUGCAUCUUUUCCGUUGACAAGCAAAGUGCCAUUGGAAUCACAUGCGGGGAAUGAUUACAUCUAAGACUGUGUUGGUCAUGCCAGUUAAAAACAAGCUACUGUCUUAGAACUCUCUCAGCUGUGCGUUUCCUCUCGGGAGUAAAUGUGGAACAGUAAUACAUUUUGUAUCUAGCAAAAAAAAAAAGUGGUUAAUUCUCAAGUUGUUCACUAACUAUCCCAGUCGCUUUCCUGAAAGACAGAAAGUGCCUGACAGUUUAGAAAUUGCCAUAAUGUAGUAUCUUAAGUACAGUUUUUGUAAUGUUUUUGGAUUAUAUGAUUAUUUAGGUGUAUUUAGAGAUCUAUAUAGAUUGUUUAUUUAUAACGUGGCUCUCUUGAAUACUUCAUUCUAAUUGGUCCGUCGCAGCAUUCAUCGGUCUAAAAUGUCCUAAUACUCACGGACGGCCAUAUAUUGCUGCAUAUCAGUCUGAUUAUCUGGGUAACUGAAACCAGUGUCGUGAGAACUCGGGUCCUCCCUCGAAAUCGGUUUUCAAUCAAUAGUUAUACUACGUACACAAAAGCCACAUUAAUUUAAAAUAUGUACAGUAUGUACA